CAUUAUCCACCCUCUCCUUCAUACAUGCAUUCACUGAGCUUCAGCAUCUAUGGAAGAAGCAAAACUAAGAUAUGCUGUUGUUACUGGUUCAAACAAAGGGAUAGGAUUUGAGACUGUUAAAAUAUUGGCCUCAAAUGAAGCCAUUGAAAAACUGAAAGAGUUUGGUCUCUCUGACAAUGUUACAUUUCAUCAACUUGAUGUCACUGACUCUGCUAGUAUUACUUCACUAGUAGACUUUGUUAAUACUCACUUUGGGAGACUUGAUAUCUUGGUGAACAAUGCAGGAGUUAGUGGUGUCAAUCCCUACGAAACGGUGGGAUCAACAGUUGGUUGGGAGCAACUGACUCAAACUUAUGAGAUGGUUGAAAAGUGCCUAACAACAAACUACUAUGGUGUCAAGGAAACAACUGAGGCAUUUCUUCCACUUCUCAAGUUAUCCAAUUCUCCCAAAAUUGUUAAUGUUUCUUCUCAAGCAGGAUCAUUAAAGAAUAUACAAAACCAAUGGGCUAAAGAGGUGUUUGAUGAUGUUGAGAAACUUACAGAAGAGAGAAUAGAUGAGGUACUAAAAGAGUUUGACAAAGAUUUCAAAGAAGGUUCACUAGAAAGCAAAGGGUGGCCAACCUUCUUGUCUGCAUAUAUUGUCUCAAAAGCAGCCAUGAAUUCCUACACAAGGAUUCUAGCUAAGAAGUAUCCAAACUUGUGCAGCAAUUGUGUGUGUCCUGGUUUUGUGAAAACAGACAUCAACAGAAACACCGGCAUGUUAUCUGUUGACCAAGGUGCUGCUAGUGUUGUCAGAUUACACUGCUUCCUCAUGGUUCUCCUUCUGGCCUUUUCUUUAUUAGAGAACAAAUCUCAAGUUUUUGAAUGGUUGUAAGUGUAUUGCAAUCAUGCAUAUAAAAUAAUAAAACAUCACAUAAUGUGCCUGUUGCUUAUAUGUUUUACCAUUGUAUACUGUCAUAGUAAAUUGUGGACAUGUGCUAGCAAUUCUUUGUAGUCUCAAACAAAAUAGUCUUUAUUAUUUAGAAGGAUUUUCGCUAUAUGUUUUUGUUUUAAAUCAUCGUUGAACAAAUAAAUUAUGAAGGUAUGUUUAGGUUUGCCACCUUCUUGUGUUAAGUUGACUUCUUCAAGUGGAUCUUGAGCAUUUAGCUUGCCCGCUUCAUCGAACUAACCAUUCUAAAGCUUAAGAGUGAUCCAUCGAAUAUAAAAUGAAGAGCCUCGUAUGUGUGGUUGCUACGGAGAUCUUCAGUGUAACAUGAGUUUUUCAUUUGGAAAAAAGUACAUCUUUGCUAUCAAGUUUUGAACAUUCCCCUCUAGAAAAUUCCCUGCAGUCAACUAUGAUGAUUAUUUCUUGCAGUCUUGUGCAAGUGUGACUAUGCACUCAUCUUUUGAAGGCCAUGUUCAGUUCAUCAUCGACCUCAAAGGUCGAACUUAAUUUUGUUUCAGAUAUAUAAGUUGAAAUUUGAGAAAUAACUAUAGUAAUAGCCAUUUAUAACUUAUUUGGUGGUCAAACUUUGGCCAUACUCGCCAUCUUCUUCAACGAAGUGUACUACAAAGUUGGUGGGGUUUCAAGGCAAGCUAAAUGCUUUUUCCAUCCAUGUUGCGACAUUUAUCUCACUGUUCUGAAGUGUCUAUCUUGUAGGGACUAAAAUCGUUUAACAUCCUCUCGACAUUCAGGAUUCCCCCAUUUGCUAUCUUGAAGGAAAUGUCAUUUGCUUCUAGAUGUUCUACAUUUCCCGGUCUUCCCACAUGACCAUCAUUUGGUGAAUGGUGGAAGGAACGACGCGAACAUCGUGAAUCCAUUAAUAAGUUAUAGUUGGCCUUGGAAGGUACUACGAUGAACAAACUUUAAUGAAUUACAUACCCAAUUAGUCAGAGACCCGUGCUUCCGCCCGGGUGAUUUUUUUUCUGGUGUAGUAUUU